GCAAAUCGAAAUUGGAUAAAAAUCAAAAUGAAAAUGUUGGCCCCAGUGCCAAAGUGCUGAGAGUUUCAUCAGUUUUAGUUUUUUUUUUUUGGAAACGGAAGCAUCGAGAGAGCAGCUCCUGCCUGCAAGGAGUUUACUCCUUAACACUUCUACAACGCUUCAUUUCGUUUUCGCUUCUUCCUACUUAACUGCGCUUAACUUGGCAGCAGCAGCAGCGACAGCGGCAGCAGCUUUAUCUUCAUCUUUCAUACUCUACCAUCUAUUUCAUCUAUCCUGUAACUGAGUGUCGGCUUUCCGGGCCCGCAAAACAGCCGCCAAAAUUAAGUUCUCAAAGCAGAAUCCACAUCACGCAUACCGUCACUCGGACAAUCUCUACGACGGUGGCACCGACACCGACGACGACGAAUGUCCUCUGGAGUCGACCACAAUGAAUGCCUACGAGUAUGAGUCCACGCUCGAUUGCCGCGACGCUGGCGGCGGUCCCGUUGUUCCCUGUCCCGGCACACUGCCCAUGACCGGACGCCAUGCGGCGUCAGCUGGCGGCGCACACAGCAGCCAAACGCUCCAGCAUCCAAAUCAACAGAAUUUACAAAACGCCGCAGCCGCCGCAGCAGCAGCAGCGGCUCAGCAGUCGUCACACUACGAUUACGAAUAUCAGCAUUUGACGCAUCGUCCACCGGAUAACAGCACAGGCAACAACUCGACAGCACAACGCACACACGGCAGACAAGGCUUUCUGCUGGAGGGAGUUACGCAACCGGCACCACCGGAUGUACCGCCACGCAAUCCGACAAUGAGUCGCAUGAAUAAUGCCCGUUUAAUUGGCGGCGCUGUUGCUAACAAUUCAAAUGAUCUGGGCGUUGACUUUGAGCCGUCGUGCUUGGUGCGAACGCCAUCGGGCAACGUGUACAUUCCUAGUGGAAAUCUAAAUAUCAACAAGGGCUCACCCAUCGACUACAAGAGCGGCUCGGCCUGCUCGACGCCCACAAAAGACACACUCAAAGGCUACGAGCGGAAUCCGCCGGGCUGCAUGGGCGGCCCAGUGCUGCCACCGCGCAGCGUCAUGAACGGCAUGCCCACGCAUCACUACUCGGCGCCGAUGAACUUCAGGAAGGAUCUGGUCGCCCGCUGCUCCUCACAUCGCGUCAGCAUUGUAAUGGCCUCGGUGCUGGGCGUGAUUCUGCUGCUGCUCAUCACACUCGCCUGCACGGGCAAUCUGCAUCUGUCGCCGCCGACGCCCUGCCCGGUGCUGGUGGGCAACGAGGCCUCCGAGGUGACGGCGGCCAAGAGCACCAAUACGGAUCUAUCGAAACUGCAUAACGCGAAAAACGGACAAGGCAUUGGAAUCAUUCAGGGACAGGGACAUGCGACGUCAUCGGUAACAACGGCCACCUCGAAUAGCGGCACGGCUCAGGGCUUGCAGUCAACGUCCUCCUCAUCGGCGGAGUCCACUUCGGCAGCGGCAGCGGCAACGGCCACGUCCUCGUCGCAAUCAUCGCUGGCGCCCUCCACGUCGCUGUCCUCGUCCUUGGCAAAUGCCAAUAAUGGAGGAGCUCGCACUUUCCCAGCGCGCAGUUUCCCGCCAGAUGGCACGACCUUUGGACAAAUUACACUGGGCCAGAAGCUGACCAAGGAGAUACAGCCGUACAGCUAUUGGAACAUGCAGUUCUAUCAAUCGGAGCCGGCCUAUGUGAAAUUCGACUAUACCAUACCACGUGGCGCCUCCAUUGGCGUCUAUGGACGACGCAAUGCGCUGCCCACGCACACCCAGUACCACUUCAAGGAGGUGCUCAGUGGCUUCAGCGCCAGCACGCGCACCGCUCGAGCGGCACACUUGUCCAUAACGCGUGAGGUUACCCGCUAUAUGGAGCCGGGACAUUGGUUUGUCUCGCUCUACAACGACGACGGAGAUGUGCAGGAGUUGACCUUCUAUGCAGCUAUAGCCGAGGAUAUGACCCAGAACUGCCCCAACGGCUGCUCCGGCAAUGGACAAUGCCUGCUCGGACAUUGCCAAUGCAAUCCUGGAUUUGGUGGCGACGAUUGCAGUGAGAGCGUCUGCCCCGUGCUUUGCUCUCAGCAUGGCGAGUAUAUCAAUGGCGAAUGCAUCUGCAAUCCUGGCUGGAAGGGCAAGGAGUGCUCACUGCGCCACGACGAAUGCGAAGUGGCUGACUGCAAUGGCCAUGGCCACUGCGUCAGCGGCAAGUGCCAAUGCAUGCGCGGCUACAAGGGAAAAUUCUGUGAAGAAGUUGACUGCCCGCAUCCGAACUGCUCUGGUCAUGGCUUCUGCGCCGAUGGCACCUGCAUUUGCAAGAAAGGCUGGAAGGGCGUCGACUGCGCCACAAUGGAUCAGGACGCUUUGCAAUGCCUGCCCGACUGCUCAGGCCACGGCACCUUCGAUCUGGAUACCCAAACCUGCAGCUGUGAGGCCAAGUGGAGUGGCGAUGACUGCUCCAAGGAGCUGUGCGAUCUUGACUGUGGCCAGCAUGGACGCUGCGAGGGCGAUGCCUGCGCCUGCGAUCCCGACUGGGGUGGCGACUACUGCAACACCAAAUUGUGCGACGCCCGCUGCAAUGAACAUGGCCAAUGCAAGAAUGGCACCUGUCUAUGUGUUACAGGCUGGAACGGCAAGCACUGCACCAUUGAGGGCUGUCCCAACAGCUGUGCUGGGCAUGGACAGUGUCGCGUCAGUGGUGAGGGUCAGUGGGAGUGCCGCUGCUAUGAAGGCUGGGAUGGACCAGACUGCGGUAUUGCGCUGGAGCUCAACUGCGGCGACAGCAAGGACAAUGACAAAGAUGGCCUUGUGGACUGUGAGGAUCCCGAAUGUUGUGCUAGUCAUGUCUGCAAGACUUCUCAGCUCUGCGUCUCCGCACCCAAGCCCAUUGAUGUGCUGCUGCGUAAGCAACCGCCAGCGAUUACUGCCUCCUUCUUUGAGCGCAUGAAGUUCCUCAUUGAUGAGAGCAGUCUGCAGAACUACGCCAAGCUGGAGACCUUUAACGAGAGCAUUUUUUGGAAUUAUUUCAAUGCAAGCCGUUCGGCGGUUAUACGCGGCCGCGUUGUCACCUCACUGGGCAUGGGUCUGGUUGGGGUGCGCGUAUCCACCACAACGCUGCUUGAAGGAUUUACGCUAACCCGUGAUGAUGGCUGGUUCGAUUUGAUGGUGAAUGGCGGUGGCGCUGUGACGCUGCAAUUUGGACGCGCGCCGUUCCGCCCGCAGUCGCGCAUAGUGCAGGUGCCCUGGAACGAGGUGGUCAUCAUCGAUGUCAUGGUCAUGAGCAUGAGCGAGGAGAAGAGCCUCAGCACAACGAGCAGCACUCACACUUGCUUCUCCCACGACUACGAUCAGAUGAAGCCAGUAGUGUUGGCCAGCUGGAAACAUGGCUUCCAAGGCGCUUGCCCAGAUCGCAGCGCUAUCUUAGCCGAGUCCCAGGUCAUACAGGAAUCGCUGCAAAUACCCGGCACGGGUUUGAAUCUAGUCUAUCACAGCUCUCGCGCCGCCGGCUACUUGUCCACCAUCAAACUACAGUUGACGCCCGAUAACAUACCCGCUAGUCUGCAUUUGAUUCAUCUGCGUAUUACCAUCGAGGGCAUCUUGUUUGAGCGCGUGUUUGAAGCUGAUCCUGGCAUUAAGUUCACCUAUGCUUGGAAUCGUUUGAACAUUUAUAGACAGCGCGUCUAUGGAGUGACCACAGCUGUAGUUAAAGUGGGCUAUCAGUAUACAGACUGCAAGGACAUUGUCUGGGACAUACAGACAACCAAGCUGAGUGGUCAUGACAUGUCCAUCUCGGAGGUGGGUGGCUGGAAUCUGGAUAUACAUCAUCGCUACAACUUCCAUGAGGGCAUUUUGCAAAAGGGUGACGGCUCCAACAUUUAUUUGCGCAACAAGCCACGCAUCAUAUUGACCACCAUGGGUGAUGGACACCAGCGUGCGUUGGAGUGCUCUGACUGCGAUGGUUUGGCCUCUAAGCAGCGUCUGCUGGCUCCGGUGGCGCUAGCAGCUGCACCCGAUGGCAGUUUGUUCGUUGGUGACUUUAACUACAUUCGCAGGAUUAUGACGGACGGCAGCAUCCGCACUGUGGUUAAGCUGAAUGCCACACGCGUUAGCUAUCGUUACCACAUGGCUUUGAGCCCACUCGACGGCACACUCUACGUCUCCGAUCCAGAAUCCCAUCAGAUUAUACGCGUUCGCAAUAUCAACGACUAUUCCCAGCCAGAGCUGAACUGGGAGGCAGUUGUUGGCUCCGGCGAGCGCUGCCUGCCUGGCGAUGAAGCUCACUGCGGUGAUGGCGCUUUAGCCAAGGAUGCCAAGCUUGCUUAUCCUAAAGGCAUUGCCAUCUCCAGCGAUAACAUUCUCUACUUUGCUGACGGCACCAACAUUCGCAUGGUGGAUCGGGAUAACAUUGUAAGCACUCUAAUUGGCAAUCACAUGCACAAGUCGCACUGGAAGCCCAUUCCCUGCGAGGGCACGCUCAAGCUAGAGGAGAUGCAUCUGCGCUGGCCCACAGAGCUUGCAGUUUCGCCCAUGGACAACACUCUGCAUAUCAUAGACGAUCACAUGAUUCUACGCAUGACUCCAGACGGACGCGUGCGUGUCAUCUCGGGACGUCCACUGCACUGUGCCACUGCCUCCACUGCUUAUGAUACGGAUCUAGCUACUCAUGCCACUUUGGUUAUGCCGCAGUCCAUUGCCUUUGGCCCACUGGGUGAGCUCUAUGUAGCCGAAAGCGACUCGCAGCGCAUUAAUCGCGUUCGAGUCAUUGGCACAGAUGGACGCAUUGCUGCCUUUGCUGGCGCCGAAUCCAAGUGCAACUGUCUGGAGCGUGGCUGCGACUGCUUUGAAGCGGAGCACUAUUUAGCCACCAGCGCCAAGUUCAAUACCAUUGCUGCGCUCUCAGUCACACCAGAUGGACAUGUGCACAUUGCAGAUCAGGCCAACUAUCGCAUACGUUCGGUCAUGUCCAGCAUACCCGAGGCGAGCAACUCACGCGAGUACGAAAUCUACGCACCAGACAUGCAGGAGAUCUACAUCUUCAAUAGGUUUGGUCAGCAUGUGUCCACUCGCAAUAUACUCACCGGAGAAACAACCUACGUCUUCACCUACAAUGUCAACACCUCCAAUGGCAAGCUGAGCACCGUGACCGAUGCAGCUGGCAACAAGAUCUUCCUGCUGCGCGACUACACCUCCCAGGUGAACUCCAUUGAAAACACCAAGGGCCAGAAGUGUCGUCUGCGCAUGACGCGCAUGAAGAUGCUGCACGAGCUGAGCACCCCAGACAACUAUAAUGUCACCUAUGAGUACCAUGGACCCACUGGUUUGCUGAAGACCAAGCUGGACUCCACCGGACGCAGCUAUGUCUACAACUAUGAUGAGUUUGGUCGUUUAACCUCAGCGGUUACACCCACUGGACGUGUCAUUGAGCUUACCUUUGAUCUGAGUGUGAAGGGUGCGCAGGUUAAGGUCUCUGAGAAUGCGCAAAAGGAAAUCUCCAUGUUGAUACAAGGCGCCACCGUUGUAGUAAAGAAUGGCGCCUCCGAAUCCCGCACUACAGUGGACAUGGACGGCAGCACCACCAGCAUUACACCCUGGGGACACAAUCUGCAAAUGGAAUUCCUGCCUUAUACCAUACUCGCUGAGCAGAGUCCGCUGCUGGGUGAAAGCUAUCCCGUGCCCGCCAAGCAGCGCACUGAAAUUGCAGGCGAUCUGGCCAAUAGAUUUGAGUGGCGCUACUUUGUGCGUCGCCAGCAGCCACCGAACCAAGGCAAGCAGAGCAAAUCGGCACCACGUCCAGUAACCGAAGUGGGACGCAAGCUGCGCGUUAAUGGCGACAAUGUGCUGACGCUGGAGUACGACAGGGAAACGCAAUCCGUGGUGGUGCUGGUGGAUGAUAAGCAGGAGCUGCUUAAUGUUACCUACGAUCGCACUUCACGUCCGGUGAGCUUCCGCCCGCAGUCGGGUGACUACGCAGACGUUGAUCUAGAGUACGAUCGCUUUGGCCGUCUAGUCAGCUGGAAGUGGGGCGUGCUCCAAGAGGCCUACACCUUUGAUCGCAAUGGACGCUUGAACGAAAUCAAAUAUGGCGAUGGCUCCUCGCUCGUUUACACCUUUAAGGAUAUGUUUGGCUCGCUGCCGCUCAAGGUGACAACGCCACGUCGCUCCGACUAUUUGCUGCAAUACGAUGAUGCAGGCGCGCUGCAGAGUCUAACAACGCCACGUGGACACAUUCAUGCGUUCUCGCUGCAGACCUCUCUGGGCUUCUUCAAGUAUCAGUACUACUCGCCUAUCAAUCGUCAUCCAUUCGAAAUUCUCUACAAUGAUGAGGGACAAAUAUUGGCGAAGAUACAUCCGCAUCAGUCGGGCAAGGUUGCCUUUGUGCAUGAUGCUGCUGGACGACUGGAGACUAUUCUCGCUGGACUCUCAAGCACUCACUACAGCUACCAGGAAGCCAACAGCCUGUUGAAAUCAGUGGAGGUGCAAGAACCUGGCUUCGAGCUGCGUAGGGAGUUCAAAUACCAUGCGGGCAUACUGAAGGACGAGAAGCUGCGUUUUGGCAGCAAGAAUGCUUUCGCUUCAGCUCACUACAAAUACGCCUAUGAUGGCAAUGCGCGUCUCAGUGGCAUUGAAAUGGCCAUAGAUGACAAGGAGCUGCCCACCACACGCUACAAGUACAGCCAGAACCUCGGACAGCUCGAGGUGGUGCAGGAUUUGAAAAUCACACGCAAUGCAUUCAAUCGCACUGUUAUUCAAGAUUCAGCUAAGCAAUUCUUUACCAUUGUGGACUACGAUCAGCAUGGACGUGUCAAGAGCGUGCUGAUGAACAUCAAGAGUUUGGAUGUCUUCCGUUUGGAGUUGGACUACGAUCUACGUAAUCGCAUUAAAUCGCAAAAGACAACGUUUGGACGUUCUACAGCCUACGACAAAAUCAACUACAAUGCAGAUGGACAUGUCAUCGAAGUGCUGGGCACCAACAACUGGAAGUAUCUCUACGAUGAAAAUGGCAACACUGUGGGCAUUGUGGACCAAGGCGAGAAGAUCAAUUUGGGUUAUGACAUUGGCGAUCGUGUAAUCAAACUGGGUGAACUCGAAUUCAACAGCUACGAUGCUCGCGGCUUCGUUGUGCGUCGAGGUGAGCAAAAGUAUCGCUACAAUAAUCGCGGACAACUAAUACACGCCUUUGAGCGUGAGCGCUUCCAGAGCUGGUACUACUACGAUGAUCGCAGUCGUCUCAUCGCCUGGCAUGAUAACCAAGGCAAUGUUACCCAAUACUAUUAUGCCAAUCCCCGCACGCCUCAACUGCUCAGCCAUGUGCACUUCCCUAAGCUAGGACGCACUAUGAAGUUCUUCUACGAUGAUCGGGAUAUGUUGAUUGCACUGGAGCAUGCCGAGCAGCGUUACUAUGUGGCCACCGAUCAGAAUGGCUCACCACUUGCUUUCUUCGAUUUGAAUGGCGCUUUGGUUAAAGAAAUCAAACGCACUCCGUUCGGUCGCAUUAUCAAGGACACCAAGCCGGACUUCUUUGUGCCCAUUGAUUUCCAUGGUGGACUGCUCGAUCCGCAUACCAAGCUCAUCUAUACGCAGCAGCGUCAGUAUGAUCCCACUGUGGGUCAAUGGCUUACUCCUUUGUGGGAAACUCUCGCCACUGAAAUGUCCAAUCCCACCGAUGUCUUUAUCUAUCGCUAUCACAACAACGAUCCCAUUAAUCGCAACAAGCCACAGCAGUACAUGAUCGAUCUGGAGUCCUGGCUGCAGCUCUUCGGCUACGAGCUGAACAACAUGCAGAGCAGUCGCUACACCAAGCUGGCCCAGUAUACGCCACAGGCUUCCAUCAAGUCGUAUACGCUGGCGCCAGACUUUGGCGUCAUCUCCGGCUUGGAGUGCAUUGUGGAGAAGACCAAUGAGCGCUUCAGCGACUUUGACUUUGCGCCCAAGCCGCUGCUUAAGAUGGAACCCAAGAUGCGCAAUUUGCUGCCACGCGUUUCAUAUCGUCGCGCUGUCUUUGGCGAGGGCGUCCUGCUCUCACGCAUUGGCGGACGCGCUUUGGUGAGCGUUGUCGAUGGUUCCAAUAGCGUUGUCCAAGAUGUCGUCAGCUCUGUGUUUAACAACUCCUAUUUCCUGGAUCUGCACUUUAGCAUACACGAUCAGGAUGUCUUCUACUUCGUCAAGGACAAUGUGCUGAAGCUGCGCGAUGACAACGAGGAGCUGCGUCGACUGGGCGGCAUGUUCAACAUAACAACGCAUGAGAUUAACGAUCAUGGCCCAGCCAAGGAGCUGCGUCUGCAUGGCCCCGAAGCAGUCGUGAUAAUCAAGUACGGCGUUGAUCCUGAGCAGGAGCGGCAUCGCAUACUGAAGCAUGCGCAUAAGCGCGCCGUGGAGCGUGCCUGGGAGCUGGAGAAGCAGCUGGUGGCAGCGGGCUUCCAGGGCCGCGGCGAUUGGACUGAGGAGGAGAAGGAGGAGCUGGUGCAGCAUGGUGAUGUCGAUGGCUGGAUUGGCAUCGAUAUACACAGUAUACACAAGUAUCCACAGCUGGCCGACGAUCCCGGCAACGUGGCCUUCCAGCGCGACGCCAAACGCAAGCGACGCAAGACGAGCAGCAGCCAUCGCAGCAGCGGAUCGAGUCGACAUCAGCAGAAAUACGAUGAGCUGAGUGCGUGAGUAGAGGAUUGGGAGCUGGGAGAAAGUGAAGCGGAGCAGACAAGCGAGGAAUAUGAUCAGCCAGAGGACUACUUGAUAGCUGUGGGCAAUGCGCCCAGCGAGCUGCAGAAUUUGUAAUUACUUAGGUGAAAUACACACACACACAACCAAACACACACACACAUAAGCAGCGAUUCGCACUUGAACUUGACUUAUCGAAUAUAAACUUUAAGCUUAUUUAAAGUUGAGCAACCAGACAUGACAGCAAAUCAUAUUAAAUCGAUAUAAAUUAAUAUAUAUAUAUAUAUAUGUGUGUAUUGUACACUGAGCGAAAAAAAACGUAAUAUAAUAUGUAUGUUGAUGUUGAGUUUAAGCUAAGUACUAUGGAACAAAAAUGAUGUUUAGUGCGCGUGUAAUCCAAUUUUUUGAUGUUUAUUCGAAUCUCAACUGCAAACAAAAAAAUGUUGCACACACAUACAGAUGCAACUACGUCUAUGUUUUGUCUACAGCAGUCUAAUUAGCCACACACACAAACACACACACAACCGCAAGCAAAAGCAAGGAAACCAACAAAUUAUACAAUUAACUAU